GUUUCCGUGGAGACAGCCGAGCCUGCGGAAGGCGGCGGCGGCGGCACCUGCGAGCAGCGGCUGGGGCAGGUUUUGGUGGUGCAGACUGCGCUGUGAGCAGAGCGGCCACGGGGACCGCCAUGCGCCGGCGGCCGUAACAUGGGCGCCAGCGGGUCCAAAGCUCGGGGCCUGUGGCCCUUCGCCUCGGCGGCCGGAGGCGGCGGCUCAGAGGCAGCAGGAGCUGAGCAAGCUUUGGUGCGGCCUCGGGGCCGAGCUGUGCCCCCCUUCGUAUUCACGCGCCGCGGCUCUAUGUUCUAUGAUGAGGAUGGGGAUCUGGCUCACGAGUUCUAUGAGGAGACAAUCGUCACCAAGAACGGGCAGAAGCGGGCCAAGCUGAGGCGAGUGCAUAAGAAUCUGAUUCCUCAGGUGAGGGGCUGGGCAGUGGUCACAGAGCCUACACUAAGCGUGUGGAGGUGGACCCAGAUGGGAUCUGUUGUCAUGGUGGGGGCUUUUGCGGGGGGAUCUGGGAGGAACAAGGAAGCUUCCUGAAGUAGAGGCCCUGAGCUGACCCUCACUAGCCUCUGUUUCCAUGGCAGGGCAUCGUGAAGCUGGAUACCCCCCGCAUCCACGUGGAUUUCCCUGUGAUCCUCUAUGAGGUGUGACCCUGGGAGGUGGCAGACAGAAGCACCCCCUGCCCCAGCAAGAAACUCCCAGGCUCAAUCAAGGUGUGGCUUCCAUUGAGGAGCCCAGGCUGGGGCCACAACCCUGAAUAAACUCCGUUGGCCCAUAACCUUCAGCUGUGAGCGGGUCAGUCCCGCAGUAUUGGUUGGGUGUUGGUUUGUGUGUGGACAAGAGGUGGUUGGUGGGUGGUGAAGGCUAAUGUCAGAGUUAGCACCCCACUCUCCCAAGCCACCCCUGCAAGCAGCACAGCAGGGCAUAUACCAGUCAGGAAUGCCCGUUACCUGGUUCCUUGCCUGGUCUGCUUUCUUCCAAGUUUGCCUGGGGCCUAGCCCUGCUAGAGGCUACAGCACUUUACAAGCAAGGUAUGCCUUCUUCCAGCCCCUAGGCUGUGGGCACUGUAUACAAGUAGGAACUUCCUUUCCUUCACUUCCCUUUUAACCCCUAGUCAGAGCAUUUCAGCCGUUUGCUACCUCGAUUCCUCCUGUGUUGGACAGAGGCUGGGGGCAGUGCCAGCCUGAUUCUUCCGACCUACCUGCCAUUUGUUCCCGCCUUCAGAUGGAUGGACAGUUUGCUGGCUAUUGAUAGGAGUGGGGACUGGGUGGGGGCUUCUCCCUCUACCCAGGGCUGGGCUGAUCCCCCUACUGCAACUAACUGUUGCCCCCCCCACCCUGAACCCCCAGUUGAGGAGUUGAGAGGGUACAGGCUGGGGUCAGGGUGCAGGCUGCGGAUGCUUGUGCCUAUGGGGAGUUACUCCAACCCACCUAUUCUGUCUAAUCCCCAUGGCUUUGCACCAAAUCCUCCACCCCUCCAAUUGGGAGGGGACUGUUCACCACCUUGUGGUAAGGGACAACACCCUAAGGCUGGUGCCAGUAGUUAUGAGUAGCCUACCACCCCCUCCCUUACAGUAACCCCCACCCCUUCAGGAUCAGUCAAGGGAAAGUACUAGAACCCAUGGGUAGGGAAAGAAAGGAGGGAAAAACCAUAAAAGGAAUACUUAUAAUGUGAAGGUUUGUAAAUAGUCCAUGAUGAUGUCGUGGCAGAGUCUGAUUUCUAUAUAGAGGUGACUUUUUUUUUAAGUACUGUGCAAGCUCUGUGCUUCUAGAAUGUGGGAAAUGGCUUGGGGAGGAUGGCCCCCAGCUUAGGAAGACUGUUGUGUUAUUUGUUCAAUUUCAAUAAAAUGAUUUGUAGAUCCUGCA